AUGAACAUUUUCUAACCCGCACGCGCCCUCUGCUCGAGACAAACGUAGCCUCGAAAAAUUAAAGGGUAAGCAUAGAGAAGAUAUGUGGGUUUUGGGUCGCAGUGAUGAUAAAGGUCUAGGGUUUUUUUCUACCAAAGUAGAGGCAGCCACAGAGUCACUGUCUCUAUUUUUAUCAAAUUCUGUGUCUGGGUAGUUUUAAUCAUAGAAAACCCAUGUGUAUAGCAGCGUUCAUUUGGCAGGAUCACCCACUCUACCCCCUUCUCCUCUUCCUCAACAGAGACGAAUAUUACAAUCGGCCCACGAAGCCUCUGGCAUGGUGGGAAGACGGCGGAGAGAUAGUGGGCGGAAGAGACGAGAUCGCCGGCGGCACAUGGUUGGCUUGCUCCAGAGAUGGGAGGUUGGCUUUAGUAACAAAUGUUCGGGAGAUACCGUUCCUCUCCGAACCAAGAAGCAGAGGUGACCUCCCCCGACGUUUCUUGCAGAGCAAUAAGAAUCCUGUUGAGUUUGCUGCAGAAGUUGUUCAGGAGGCCGAUCAGUACAAUGGAUUUAACCUGGUAUUAGCUGAUCUUUGUUCAAAAACCAUGAUUUAUUUGACUAAUAGACCAAGAGAAGAAAACAUUUCAGCUACUGAAGUUUCACCUGGUAUUCACGUGUUGUCAAAUGCAAGCCUAGACACCCCUUGGCCUAAGCAGGCUCUGCGACUGCAUAAAAGCUUGAAGGAGCAAUUGGAGAUACAUGGGGAGCGGGAUGAGGUACCCAUGAAGGAGAUGGUUGAAAAGCUGAUGAUGGACACAGUGAAGGACGAGGAGGAGAGCCUGCGCCCUGGCAUUUAUCCUCCCCGCAGGGAAUACCUUUUAAGUUCAAUCUUUGUUGAAGCAGACACCCCCUCGGGACGUUAUGGUACAAGAAGCACAUCUGCAUUGAGCGUGAAAGGAAAUGGGGAUGUUUGCUUUUAUGAGAGGUCUCUGGAGAAGGGAGCAUGGGAAGAGCGAACAGUGGAUUUCCACAUACAGAAGAAUAUGGGAGUUGAAGCACAUCCACAUUCACAUUGAUGGUCGAUCCUCAAAUACUGAUCACACCUCAGGUGAUGGGUUUCAGUCGAAAUAAUUCUUUUAGUUGAGUUUAUUAUCGGCCCUUUGUUGAUCUGUGUAUGAUAAUUGUAUGCACGGUUGUGCUUGCUUCUUUCUUUUUUUUUCCCUCCAGACUUUUGUUCUCACACUGCUAGAUUUUAUGAAUAUUAUUGUAUCGUAUAUCCAUUAUACCUCAAAA